AUGGUUUCCGCGGUUGUUUUCGGAUACCAUAACGUGGGUGUGCGAUGCCUGUCUGUCCUUUUGGCACAUAAUAUCCAAGUAAAGCUAGUGGUCACCCACUCUGACGAUGAGGCUGAAAACAUAUGGUUUGACAGCGUGAAGGAAUUCGGCUGCUUGCACGGAAUACCUGUGAUUAGCCCUCAAUCUCCCAAUACCGAAAGCUUGAUCUCCCAAAUGCGGGCAUUGCGGCCUGACUUCAUAUUCUCCUUCUACUAUCGCUCAAUUCUCAGCGUCGACUUGUUGAGCACCGCUACACUUGCAUGCUACAACAUGCACGGUUCGCUCCUCCCCAAAUACCGUGGCCGAGCUCCUGUUAACUGGGCCAUUAUUCACGGCGAGACCGAGGCCGGAGCUACUCUCCAUGAGAUGGUCAAAAAGCCCGAUGCUGGGGCAAUCGUUGGCCAAAUGACAGUACCUAUUCUCCCCAAUGAUACGGCCGCGGACGUCUUCACCAAGGUGCUGGUUGCGGCAGAAAUGGUUCUAGACAGGGCUUUGCCUUCGAUCAUUAAUGGGACUCUGGAAAAAGUCCCAAUGGAUCUUAGCAAGGGCUCAUACUUUGGCGGUCGGAAACCUGCAGACGGGAAGAUUGAUUGGAAAAUAAUGGGGGCAAAGCAAAUUCACAAUCUCGUGCGGGCUGUUUCUCAUCCUUACCCAGGGGCUUUUACCCACACCUCUAAGGGAAAGCUGGUUAUCUGGCGCACAAUUCUUAUGAAUGAUGACCAGGCUACGCCGCCCGUUGGAGAGCCCUGUUUAUGGGAGCAGGGUGGGCUACUAUUUGCCGUGGCUUGUGAUGGCAAGGCGCUUCGGAUCAUCUCAGCGGUGUUAGGUGAACAUGAAUUGAAUGCAAAGACCUUUUUGGGGUGGUUUGACUUCCCGUUCAUGCUCGUCUAG